GAUAACAGGGAUUCUUCAACGUGCUGACCAGCCCAAGUCAGUAGUUAGCUACGCCAUUCAGUCAGUUGAACUGAAGACUCUGGUCCCCUUUGGAGACUUUUCCCUCUCGAAUCAUCCCCCACGAAAAGUGCGCAAGCCCCAAAGCAAUUGCAAUUUCUCCUCCGUCAUUCUUUUGUUCCCAACCCCCUUUUGGUCAGGAAGAAAAAUUCCUCUCGGAAAGAAUGUGAAAAUUCAGUGUGUGAGUCGGUGAUCUUGUGCUUUUUGGCGGGAAAACCCUAAAACUACUUCCUGGGAGGCAAAAUCCAAUUCUGGGAAAAUGGGCAAUUCCCAGGGUGUUCCGGAAAAGCCUCCGGGAAAGAUGGUAAAAGCCAAGAGUUUUAUGCGUUUCGGGGGUAAGAAAACACCCACGAAGGACACUCAGCAGAGCAAGAGUGAACCAGAGGAGAUUCCAGGCAUUUUAAUUGGAGGUCACAGGAAGAAAUUUAAGUCUGCAGACUCAACGUAUUUUAGGAAUCUUCCUGAGGAACCUCUGCCAUUGACAGAGAAGAAGAAAGAGUCGACAAACAAUGGGAAUUGUGAGGUGAAUGAAGCACAAUUGGAGGUACAGCCGCGUAAAUCCAUCAGUGAGCACGUGUCGUUGACCUCGAGAGAAAGAGGUGUACAGGAGAAACCAGCUCCAGUGAAUUGUUCAGUGCUUUUGGAUGGGGACGACCUUCUCAGUUACAAUUCCGCCGUCACACGGGCCGGAAGUCAUCCACAAUCCAGUGUCCAAAAUCACGAUAAAUCCAUCCUUUUUGUUACGGAUUCGUGGAACAAAGCUCAAAGUGUUUGUGUGGACAGAGGUCCAGAUACAGGUCGAGAGAUUUCCCCAUCAAAUUGUGGAAGUUUUAUCGUGGUGCGCGAGCAGACAACGUCCUCAAGUUCCGAUUCCGUCUUUACGGACGCCCAGACGCCAUUGGGCUUCACAGCUGAAUUUAAUCAGUGUUACUAUUCAGAGGAGGAUGUCUGUGACUCAACGAGAACGGAUGAUGAGUUAAAGGGUCCCUUCCUGAGUGCUCUAGCAGCAAGGAAUCACGGGGAGCUCCUCACAAAACUCACUGUGGCCAAGCUGAGUCCUAUCAGUGUGGCAGGAACCACAGACAUGGCUCAGGAGAGGAUGAGGAAGGGCAGUGCCGAGGAAGGACCACUUUUUAGUGUCUCACGCGUCAAGAGAGUCGAGCUGAUCGAUAAUCUGGCUAAAUUCACCGAAAGCAAUAUACCCACUCAAACUCAGUCUGGCCCCGAGAUCGACUGUGUUAGUCCGCGGGAUGUUCCACUGCCGGCUACUCCAGCCUCAACCAUACGCAAUGGCACCCCCCAGAGCCCCUCGGACGGAAGUGUGCUCAAGAAAGUGGCCUCCCUGAUCUCGGCUGAGCGACUGCAGCAGCAGCAGCAGCAGCCAGAGAGGAGGGCCUCCUUCGUACCUGAGAAGCUCAACUUUGGCGCCUACGAGAAAUUCGAAGGUCAAAUGCUAAUGAAUUGGCUGGUGACAUCAGUGCAACCACACACCAAUCUCACCGACCACGACAUCCACACCAUAUGCCAGCAGACUUGCACAAAUCUCCUCAUGGCCGGAGUCAUCAAGCAGAUACCAGAUCGUUUUGCACCCAUUCAGGAGACAUUCCGCACAAAUCUCAUGUAUCAGUGGACGCACACCGAAGCACCACCAGCAACUCCAGUGACUCCUGGUCGUCUGGACACCUCCACAGCCUGGCCUCAUUCAGAAAAGCCACCAACGCUGCAUGAGAAACCUGAUCAAGAGGAUCCAGAAGACAAUUUAGGACAGCUCAAAGAACGCCUCAGUGAAUGUGAAAGUGUCAGUGAAAUGAAGAUCCUUGUGGACAAAUACUGUGAAGAACGUAAAAUUCCAAACAGUGAUGUUGUGAUCUACGAAGUAGCUAAAGUGUCUAGAGAAGUGCAACCGCAUGUUAAACGAAUUCGGAGAAAUCUGUCCAGUGACCUUACAGACGCUGACAUGAGAUCAAUUCAUGUGGCGCAGAAUGGGCAGAUCAAUGGUUUUCGUGGGUUGUCCGAAGACAAAGGCACACAAACGGAUACUGAGAAGGAUUACAAUGUGCUGCAUCUGAAGAAGAUCACUAUUUCCGCCACUACACCAAAGAGUCCGGUUUCGAGUCCUGUCCAGGCAGCACCUCCACCUCUUCCUCCGCCACUACCACCACCACUUCCAGCACCUCAUGUCCCGGAAGCCAUGGACACGGAGAGUGGGAAGAAAGAGAGUGCAGAGACUGUCAGUGAAGUUGGACCGGCGGCUCCACCACCACCUCCACCGCCACCGCCUUUAGCCAUGCCAGGACCUCCUCCUCCAGCACCACCUCCUCCCGGUCCACCACCGCCUCCUAUGCCUCCUGGACCUUCUGCAGGCCCCCCAGCUCCCCCUGCUCCUCCAGCACCUCCAGCUCCGCCCCUUGCUCCUCCCUGCCCAGAUGGCACCAAAGGCCCCAUCACACCUGCUGCCUUUCCACUUCCACCAGCCGGAGGAUGGCAACAGACAGCGGCGCUCAGGAAAUCCGCAGUUAAUCCUCCCAAACCCAUGAGACCACUCUACUGGACACGAAUCGUAGCUCCUAAAUCUCCCGUUGAGAAUACAAGCACAAAUUUGCUAUGGGCUGAAAUUGAUGAGAUGAAACUGGACAAUCUGGAUGAGUUCACGGAACUCUUCUCACGACAGGCUGUUGUGCCAAAAGCCAAGGAAACCCCCAAAGUAACUAAGAUCCGAUCAGUCAAAGUGCUGGACAGCAAGAGGAGUCAAAAUGUAGCCAUCUUCGUGAGAUCCUUACAUGCAGACUUUGCCGAAAUCGAACAUGCCAUCAAUCACUGCGAUACAGGAGUCAUUAGCCUCCAAGCUCUCCAAGUUAUCAGAGACAUUAGGGCAACAUCAGAAGAACUAACACAAAUCCGCGAAGCUGCUAGUGAGGAACUGCCACUAGAUGAACCUGAGCAAUUCCUUUUGCGUCUGGAAGACAUCUCCUCAUGCUCCGAACGGAUCUCCUGCAUAGUCUUUCAGGCUGAAUUUGACGAAGCAGUGACUCUGCUCGCACGCAAGAUGGGAGUCUUCACAGACACCUGCACUCUGAUGUUGGACAGCGAAAGCCUCAAGAAUCUCUUUUCCCUCAUUUUAACACUUGGCAACUACAUGAAUGGCGGAAAUCGUACCCGGGGCCAAGCAGAUGGUUUCGGCCUAGAAAUCCUAGGCAAACUCAAGGACGUCAAAUCCAAGGAUUCCCGCAUAACACUCCUACACUUUAUUGUAAAGACAUACAUCGAUCAAUGCCGAAAAAAUGGAACCCCACUCACUGAACUGCAGAUUCCCAUACCGGAAGCUGCAGACGUAUCAGUAUGUGCAACUGUAGACUUUGAGGAUCUAACACAGCAACUGGAGCGCCUUGAGAAGAAACUAAAAGAAUGCAAGGAAACCUCCCAGAAAGUGAUAGACUCCUCAAGUCCAGAAAAUGUUCAACCUUUCGAGGAAAAAAUGAAGGUAUUCCUAAAUGCUGCCACAGAUCGUCUGCUGUUGCAGAAGAAAGAGGUCAGCGAUUGCAAAAAGGUGUUCAGCAAAACCAUGGUGUUCUACAAAUUCUCACCUAAAUCUGGAACAUUAGAGGACACGAAACCUGAACAAUUCUUCGAACUUUGGGUGACUUUUGCCAAUGACUUCAAAGACAUUUGGAAGCGAGAGAUUCAGGACCUCACAAGAGAACUGCUCAAAAAGACCAAACCAGUACCUAAGGCUACGAAACCAAAGGCAAAGAAAGUUGUUCCGGGCAGCCUAAAGGAUCGAAUCCAGAAGAUCUCCAGUAAAUUAUCCAGUUAGACAGCACCACGAUACAUUUCUUAGAACCUUCAAUUGUUUUAUAUUUCUUGUAUAUUGCCCUUGUUCCUUGUUAUAGUAUUGUUAGACGAGAAGUAAUAUAUUUUCACAAUGUAGCACCUUCUUAGAUGGUAAAAAGA